AUGUCAAUAGCUGUGCCAAAGAAGGUUUACGACGCAGUGGUCGUUGGCGCUGGAGGAGCAGGUGUCGCAGUGGUUGGUGCGCUCCUCCACUCCCACAAAGCCUUCAGGAUCGGGUGGGUAGAUCCCGACUUCUCAGGGGGAAGAAUAUCAAAGCGAUAUAGGGACGUAUCGAGCAACACCAAAACAUCUCUGUUCCGACAGUAUGCCGAUGCUUUCGACCCGUUCCGACAAAUUGUGGCUUCAACACCAAAGCCAAAUGCUGUGACUGUGCUCGAAGCACUCAAGCAGAACCGCGGCUGCCGCCUCAAGUACGCGGCAGACAUGUUGACAAUGUUGACAAGCGGCCUUCGCAGACAUCCCAAUGUCGAGACACACCUUGGCAACAUGUCUCUUGCGCAUUUCCAAACUUCGCCAGCCUCUUGGUCAAUGAGUCUCGACCCGACGAACCAGGGGCCAAGCCAAAAAAUCUACUCCCGAAACGUCAUCAUGUGCACGGGCUCGUCGCCCACGACAAUACCUUUACCUAGUUCAUUGCCUACCAUCCUCGACCUCGACGCCGUGCUGGAUCGACAGAACCUGCGAACCAGCCUUGCAGCGGCGGAUAAGAAUCUGGUUGUUGGAGUGAUAGGCACGUCUCACAGCGCCAUCGUCGCCAUCAUGAACCUCUACGAGCUGGUAACCGGUGGUACCUACCCGCACCUCCGGAUCAAGUGGUUCGUCCGUAGCCCCCUGACCUAUGCUGUCGAGAUGGACGGCUGGAUCCUGCGCGACAACACGGGUUUAAAAGGCGCCUCUGCAGAUUUUGCCCGCGAGCACUUGGAGGAUGACAAACUGGCGGAGUCGCCCGUGGGCAAGGUACUCACAAAGGUCGACUGCCCGGACGUUCGCGACGCGUCAAUGACACCUCAGCUCUCGUCGUGCACGCACGUUGUCGAGGCAAUCGGCUACACCAGGGACCCGCUCCCACAGCUCUCCGUCGACGGCACGCUUCUCCAUAACAUCACCCACGACCCGACCAAGGGCGUGCUUUUGGACGGCAACGGCCAUGCUGUCCCACACGCUUACGGCGCCGGCAUUGCCUUCCCCGAGAGAGUCACCGAUCCGGCAGGCAAGACCGAAAGCGCCGUCGGUCUGUGGAAAUUCAUCAAGUAUCUACGCCGCGUCGCCCCGACGUGGUGUUAG